UUAUAUCACCCGUAGUGUUCCAGUGCUGGACCAGACGAGAGGGUCGGACUCUGAGGAGCACAUCAUGAAGUUGGAUGUGUCUGCAGCUUUGUCUUCUUUGGCGUUGUUGGUCAUCUCUCUAUCUCCAGCAUGCUGUCAGCAGGCUGUGAAUUGCAGAUGGGGCCCUUAUGGAGAAUGGUCAGAGUGUGAUGGCUGCUCCAGUACAAAGGUGCGGACUCGCCACUUUGGGGUGUACGCCCAGUUUGGGGGUGUGCCAUGUUCAGGGGAAGCCACACAAACACAACCAUGUGUCCCACAAAAAGGAUGUCCCCUGGCAACAAGCUGUGGAGACAGAUUCCGCUGUACCUCAGGUCAGUGUAUCAGCCAGUCUCUGGUGUGUAACGGAGACCAGGACUGUGAGGACGGCCUGGAUGAGAGAAGCUGUGAUCAAGAUAGCAGCCAGUACUCAUGUGACCUCGACAAAACACCUCCCAGCUCUGACUUCACAGGCAAAGGGUACAACGUGUUGACAGGCAAACUGAGGGCAGGUGUGAUCAACACUCUCAGCUUUGGAGGGCAGUGCAGGAAGGUGUUCAGUGGUAACCAUAAAGUCUACUACAGACUGCCACAGAACAUCAUCAGGUACAGCUUUGAGGUGAAAGUAGAAAAUGAGGAGAGCGAUGAAUCCUACGAGAGCUCCUGGUCCUACAUGCAGCACAUCCAGUCCAACGCCUUGUGGGGACACGACCGCCGCUCAUUCCACAAAGAGCUCACUGACAAUAAGGCUUACAGACUUAUUAUCAUGAAGAAUAAGGUGGAGCUGGCCCAGUUCCAAAACUCUGCCCCUCAGUAUUUGACUCUGGCUGAAGGCUUUUGGAAGGCCUUGUCCUCUCUGCCGUACACGUACGACUACUCUGCCUACCGCCGGCUGUUUGAGACAUACGGCACACACUACCUCUCCGAGGGCUCACUUGGAGGCGAAUACCAAGCCUUGUUGGAGUUGGACCGCCAGGCUCUCGAGUCGAGCGAAACAACAAACAUAGAUUACCAGAGGUGUUGGAGGAAGGUGAAACGCCGUCUCUUCAGGAAGAAAGUCAAGACCGUCUGUGAAAAACUGACAAAAGCUUUAUCAUCCAGCUCCGGACACAACGUAAACAAGAUGCCCAUAAAGGUCAACGUGUUUGGAGGAAAUCCGGCCUUUACAGGCGCUCUGACUCUUCUGGAUCUGGAAAAUCCAGAAGCUAACGGAGAGAUCUACAACAACUGGGCCUCCUCUGUCCAAGACUUCCCUGAAGUCACAGACCAGAAGCUGCGUCCUCUGUAUGAGCUGGUGAAGGAGGUGCAGUGUGCAGGUUUGAAGAAGCUCCACCUGAAAAGAGCCACAGAGGAGUACCUGACGGAGGAGCAUCCCUGUCACUGCCGGCCCUGCCAGAACAACGGCCAGCCUCUUCUGACGGGCUCAGAGUGUCGCUGCAUCUGCCGUCUGGGAACCUCAGGACCCGCCUGCGAUAGGGGAGCCGUGAUCGGAGAGCCACCAGGGGUGAUCCAUGGCAGCUGGAGCUGCUGGUCCUCCUGGGGAUCCUGCUCUGGGGGUCAAAGGUCAAGGACCAGAAGCUGCAACAACCCUGCCCCCAGGAGAGGUGGCCAACACUGCUCCGGACUGCAGCUGGAGCAGAAGCCUUGUGAGGAUGCAGACAUCCAGUUCUUACAGAUGAUGGAGCCUCAGUGCUUCAAUCUCUCCGUAACUCCACCGAAGACAUGUGGAGCGCCCCCAAACCUCAGGAACGGAUUUAUUCAGAAUCCCAGAGACUUUUACCUGGUUGGAAACUCAGUGGAGUACUCCUGCAUACAAGACCAUUACCUCAGUGGAGAUGCUGUGGCUCAAUGCACUGAAAACCAGAAGUGGAAGACAGGAGAGAUGGUUUGUAAAAGUUCCACGUGUGGGAUUCCUCCACUCAACAGCCAAGUUAUAGCCAUGCCCCUGCAAGAAGCCUAUCAGAUUGGAGACAGAGUGUCCCUCUCCUGUCCUGUGGGGUCAGUGCUGGAUGCUGAUGUGUCAGAGAUCAUGUGCAGUCCCAGUCUGCAGUGGUCUCCUUCACCGGCCAGCGCUCAUUGUAAAGCCGCUCCCUCAGUUCCCUCUCCAUCUGGCCUGAAGUGUAAGCCGUGGGAGAACGCAGGACAAACUGAGUGUGUGUGUAAAAUGCCAUCUCAGUGCCCGACUUCUCUGCAGUUGUGUGCCAGACUCGGCUCAAGCCGAGCGCGUUUGCUCAGCGUUUGUCAGCUUGGAGCUCUGCAGUGUAUUGGACGGAGCUUCGAGUUGGCCAAUGACAGCGACUGUGCCUGGCCAGAGGAGACGUCCACGUCCUGCGCGGACUGCAAACCGGGGACGAUCUGUCAGGUUCUAGAAUCGAAGUGUGUUUGUCAAAACGCCUCAGAGUGCCCUACAGACUACGCCCCCCUGUGUGUGAGAUCUGGUGUUGGCAGCGUUGCCCUGGCGAUGACCGAAUGUGAAGUGGGGGCCAGGCGGUGUGCUGGGGAGACAGUCAAUGUUUUCAGUAUUGAGGCUUGUCCCGAAUAAAGAUGGCUGUUCUUUGAUUUUACUGAGCGGCCUAUUUUUUCUCUUUCUUGUUAAUAAAAUCAAAUGUCUUGUUCUCA